UCCGUAUCUAUGCCUGUGCCCCCCCUCCUUCACCCUGCCCCUCUCACGACUGCGCAUUCUUCCAUAUCCCCUCUCAUCAACCUCAUCAGCCCCAUCUUGACGCCGCACCAUCAUCAUGAUGGACCGCGUCUCGAAACCGCCGUUGUCGGAAUCCGUCCCUCUCGCGGCCAUGUCCCUCCCGCGCCAGGCUCCCGCGUCGACUCCGGCUCCGGCUCCCCUCCCGCACGCCGGCAUCCCCACUUCGGCCAAGCUUAUCCCAGUGAACCAAGUCCCCGUGGAUCCAUCCCUUGGGCCAGUAGCGGUGUACCACCACGGCCGCGACACCGAUAGCAGCGAGGAAUCCGAGCGGGACCUUCUUCCUGUCGGGUUCAGACUUGGCUCUGCUGAAAGACCGGCCGCGGCCUCGAGACGGCGACCGGGGAGAUGAAGGGGAAGGGGAUCGGGAGAGGGAAGAACGCUGCGCGCGAGAGCGGGGACGGCGACUAGUAGGUCCCCUGGAGGAAGCCCGGCGGAUAGAGGCGGAAGAUGAGGGCGGGCGAUAGCGUGUCGGGGAGCGUGAGGCAGAUGGGGAACGAUUGCGGGGCAUCUUCGCCUCUAGGGGGGAGGUUGGCCAAGAGCGGUACGAAGUGGCUUUACAAACUCUGUGAUGUGCUUGGAGACGAGGUCACAGACGUGUGUUUUAGAUGUAUACCCACUUCACGUCGUUUCGUAAAGCAAUGUGAGAAGGUGAGAAGGAUGAUUAG